UUAUUCACAUUAGAACUCGCCCAUAGGUCCAGGAAAAGCAAAAAUUGGCCCCGGCCACAAGGAUAUUCUGUAUUCCCUUAUUCGGUUCGGCCCCCCUUCUCUUCUUGCGCCUUGAGAGGCCAGACCAAUAGCUAUUUUAUUGAGAUUGCAGACCUAGCCAAGCCAACAACGCAAUUUCCUUUUCCAUUCCAGUCUCUCGCACAAUUGCACAAACAUAUGGAGGACGUUUUCCGUAGCUUGAAUGGCAAAUAAUACCACCAUCUUUUGGGUUACUGUUUAAUCUGUUUCUCUAUCUUUUACGUGCCCAUAGCCCAAUUCGCUCAUCAGUUCCCAUAAAACCCAUCAAUAACACGUGCCAAUUCAAACUCGUCUGAAACGCAAUAAUAUCUGGGCAAAGUUUCCCCUUUCACCCGCCAUUGGCGCAUGGACUAACCAAAGCUUUUUAUCGCCUGAAACCGCUCCAUUCUCACUCCUUACAUUUCAUGUCCAAUCUCCCUUCUUCCGCAUUUUGACAUCUUUUCUUGGGCCAUCACUUCUACUCAUGAUCCUUUCUUUUUUUUUCUCACUGAUUCCAGUCGAAUUUUAACAGGGUAUUUCAUUGACGGGAAUCUCGUUUCUGUUUUAAUUGAUUCCCUAUUAAUUACUCGGUCAACACGCGGAGAUCUAUACCAACAAACAGGGAAAAACAGCCCGUUUGAUGCAGCUCAUGCGCCUAUCCAGCAGGUAGCGUUUCUGCAAUUUGGGAAUUUUUACCAUGUCCGGAGCGGGUCACGCCGUCGAGCACCGUGUUGGGCUGCCGGAAAUGGAAACGAACCCCAACCGCUCCGGUUGCUGCAACCCCGUUAAGAAAUCGGGUCCUGUAACAAUGGAUCAUGUCUUGUUGGCAUUGCGGGAAACCAAAGAAGAGAGGGAUGUUAGAUUACGGAGUCUGUUUAAUUUCUUUGACGCUACGAAUACUGGAUACUUGGAUUACGCGCAGAUCGAGGCAGGGUUAUCGGCGCUGCAGAUUCCAGCGGAGUAUAAAUAUGCUAAGGAUUUGUUGAAGGUCUGCGAUGCCAAUAGGGAUGGACGGGUAGAUUAUCAGGAGUUUAGGAGGUAUAUGGACGAUAAAGAGCUGGAGUUGUAUCGGAUUUUCCAGGCAAUUGACGUGGAACACAAUGGGUGCAUUUUGCCUGAAGAGUUAUGGGAUGCGCUUGUUAAGGCUGGGAUUGAAAUCGAUGAUGAGGAGCUUGCCCGUUUUGUAGAACAUGUUGAUAAGGAUAAUAAUGGAACUAUAACAUUUGAAGAAUGGAGAGACUUUCUUUUGCUUUAUCCACAUGAAGCUACAAUUGAAAACAUAUACCAUCAUUGGGAAAGGGUAUGCCUUGUAGAUAUUGGAGAGCAAGCUGUUAUUCCAGAAGGCAUCAGUAAGCAUGUUAAUAGGAGUAAAUAUUUUAUUGCAGGGGGAAUAGCGGGAGCUGCUUCUCGUACUGCAACUGCUCCCCUUGAUCGCUUGAAGGUGGUUUUGCAAGUUCAGACAACAAAUGCUCGUCUUGUUCCUGCUAUAAAGAAGAUAUGGAAGCAAGAUGGUUUCUUGGGUUUCUUUCGAGGCAAUGGACUAAAUGUUGUGAAGGUAGCACCGGAAAGUGCUAUUAAGUUUUAUUCUUAUGAAUUGUUAAAGAACGUCAUUGGGGAUUUUAAGGGAGGAGACAAAGGUGAUAUAGGUCCUGCUGAGAGACUUUUGGCUGGUGGUAUUGCUGGUGCGGUGGCACAAACUGCUAUCUAUCCAUUAGAUCUUGUGAAAACUCGAUUACAAAUUUGUGAAGGUGGAAAUGCUCCAAAGCUGGGAGUUCUAACAAAGAAUAUAUGGGUUCAGGAAGGACCACGAGCCUUUUAUAAAGGCAUUGUGCCAUCUCUUCUUGGGAUUAUACCUUAUGCUGGGAUUGACCUUGCUGCCUAUGAAACGCUGAAAGACAUGUCAAAGACAUAUAUUCUGCAUGAUAGUGAACCGGGUCCUCUUGUGCAAUUGGGUUGUGGGACAAUCUCAGCAGCGUUUGGAGCAUCAUGUGUUUAUCCCUUGCAGGUUAUCAGAACCAGAAUGCAAGCACAGCAUUCUAAUUCUGCUGCUGCUUAUAAGGGCAUGUCUGAUGUAUUUUGGAGAACAUUCCAGAAUGAAGGUUUUAGAGGUUUCUACAAAGGACUUUUCCCAAAUCUUCUGAAAGUUGUGCCAUCUGCAAGCAUAACAUAUUUGGUUUAUGAAGCUAUGAAGAAGCGUCUGGAUCUUUGAUUGGAGAUCAUGUCCGGUGGCAACUAAACGUAUUUCAGAUAUGGAAAUAGUCAUAUGAUGUUGACGAAAAUAAUUAUAGGAUUGCUAGUGAAGUAGGCAAUACGAUUAUUGGAGUUAUGGGAUAGACGGUAAUUCCCCUUCAUGACUUGGGGGCACAUAGUUUUGUCUGCAGGAGAUUUCUUUUUUUUUUUUUUUUCGGAAGCUUAUUAGCAUUAUUAAGGUGGCUUUAAGAAACAAGGAUUAUAUUUAUAUGACAUCAUAAUAUGUCCGACUUGAAGGUGAUGGGCUUUUCCCAUUGCCUUCUGUCACCAUUCCCACUUUCUUUCCAAACUUGUGCUUACGUUAUCUCGAAGAUGACAACUUUAUUUUUCAUUA